AUGUACGUGGCGAGGACCACGAAGCGAUAUCGUGUACAAAGUAUAGCACGCCCCAGAAAGGGGCUAACUAUCUACGGGAUUACAAGCUGUGCUUCAUUUGUGCAUCCCCAGAACACAACACUACGGAGUGCGACAGCAUCAACACCACGACAGGAGAAACCAGUCUCCGUCGCUGGAGGAAAGGAAAGAGCGAAGGGUAAUCACAAACCAAGCUCAACGUCAACGAGGACUCAUCAGUUAAGCAAUCAGCAUCAGGAACAAAACACUGCGCAUAUCGAACAGCAAGACGACGCAGUAGCUAAACUCCAUUCUAGCGAAGACAUCUCUGGUAUUCGGGAGACAUACCUACCGAUAGGAGAACUCACCAUUAUGGACCCCUCAACGCGUAAAUUGAGGAAGACAGCGGAACUACUAGAUUUGGGUGCCGAGUGUUCUUUCAUUGAUCAGAAGCUGGCAGAAGAAUUAUGCUUACCAACAUUGAAAACGACAACUUUGCGCAUACGAACGUUCGGAGCAAGGCGCAUACAGGAAUGCAUGAGUCGUAAGGUACCGUUGGAGAUAUUGGACGAAAAAGGAGAACCAUGUAACACAGCAGGUUACUCAAGCCCUGAAAGACGACAUGCUCCAAGAUGGGGAGAAGUAGUCACGGGAGACCAGGGUGGGAGCGUUUUCCAUGGGAAACUCAUCGAGCAUCCAACCAGAGCCAGCUCUAUGGGAGAAGUACUGGCCAUGGGAGAAGAAGCUACAGAGGAAUUCAUGCAACCAGAGAGACGUCCAGGCCUUGAUAGAAGAGGAAAUAUUGAAAAGAUUCUUGCACACGAUGCAGAAGAGAGAAGACGGGACAUAGAUGGAUUUCGAAGGAACAAGCCGCGAUUUCUAAUGCCGAAAAUGUCAAAAGCACAGUUGAUCAUAUGUGCGGAUGCCAGCAGUGACGCGUGCGCGUAUCUACGUUUCUCAUCGUCAGCAAAUUUGAUCAUGGCAAAAGCAAAAUUAGCUCGCCUGAAGUCAAAGAUGACUAUACCGAAACUGUAA